CCUCACUACCCUCCUACACUUUCUAUCUUCUUCUUCAAAAAGCGACCCAAGUACACUCACUGUUACACUCAUCUCUCUCUCUCUCUCUCUCUCUGAUCGAUGGCUUUUCGAAAGUGGCCCGACGAGGCCGUCAGCAUUUCGGUGCUGGUCUCGAAGCUGCGAGAUGCGCAUCGCAGUAGUUCAAAAAUCGAUGAAGUCGAGGAGAAGUUAAUAGUGAGAGAAAUGAGAAUAAAGAAAGAGUACGAUAAGCAGAAGAAGGAGUGGGAAGAGAAGCUGAAAUCUGAGAGGGAGGAGGGGAGAGUUUGGAAGGGCAAGUAUGAGAAGCUUCUGGACAAGGCCAAGAGGCGGGGCAUAGACGCUGACGAAAAUUUAGUCCCGAUUAUCGAGAGGAAGAACAAUAUAUUUCACACGGAGAAGAUGAAGAUGCUGAGGGAUCUUGAAAGUGCCGUGUCGAGGUUGGAGGAUGAAAAUGGGGAAUUGAUGAAGUGUCUGGGUAUAAAUUUUACGGGAAAGAGUGACAAUGGUACGGGUAGUGAAGAAUCUGCUCCUGUGCUAGAAUUGGAGAAUGGGUUUGAUGAUCUGAACGUGAAUGAAGGAAGCACGGAUCCGAAAAAAUCACCAGGUAUUGGGAAUGUAGGAAGUGAUGCCAUAGUGAUUAUUGAUAACGACAGAGAGUCUGCCGGACAAACCUUGUCUGGAAAGAAAAAUUCUAAAAACGAUGAAGGCAAUGGCAUUUUAAAUGUGGCUGCUGGUGUACCAAAGGACCCGCAUAUGCUAAAAAGAAAACGAGCUCCUUCUCCUCCAAGUAUUGGGAACAAUGAGAAUGAUGAUGAAGAUUUUGCCUUGGAUCAUAUCCCAAUCAGUGAAGUGAUCAGAAAGCAAGGCAAGAAGCUGAGUUUGGGCCUCAGUAGUUCUCAAGUCACAGGAAAAGAUGCUUCUUUAGGGUUUUGCGAUCCAAUGAUCUUAAGACAAUCUGGAGAAAAGGAAAGGAAGAAACAGAAGUCAUUGCCAAAAUCUUCCAAGUCUCAUGCGAAAGCAAGCAAUCAUACAUUUGGUAAUCAUGGUACUAAUGAUGAAACUUCUUCAGACUCAUCACAAGACACAGAGUAUGAAAAAAGUCUAAAAAUGAUCAACGACGUUAUUCAAAGGGUCAAACAAUGAGAGGGAAUUGCAUUGGCUGGCUGAUUUUCUCUUAUUCUUAGAUUCCCAUGCCAGGGAGUGUUUUCUGUUGUUGUGUCUGGACCCUUUGUAAAAUGACGAUGGGGGUUGUGUGACAGUAAAAAUUAGUUUUUAAGAUAUAGUUGAAGAAAGGUGAUCCUUAUAUAUAUCUGCAGGUAUCUGGACCUCUUGAACCGUGUGAGGAUCAGAAUUCAGAAGUAGUGGUGGUAACAGAAUAUAGCUCCCUGCAAGGAUCGAAUAGGAAAUGGUUUUUGAUUCUGAAACUAUAUAUAUUUGCAUCAGACUUUCUUGUUGGUAGCUAAAUUGAUGCUUAACAUAUCAGAUACAUGCAUUGCGCAUGGUACUGCAUGUCAGUCCGAGGCCUUUCCGCUGCUAUCGUUGUUGUUGAUGUUGUACUCUUAAUUUAGAAGUAGGAUUCUUUUGGAAUGCAAAACCAGCUAGCUGGUGAUGUGAUAUCCCCCUCAUCAGUAAACCUUGUUUC